AUGGAAUUAAGAGUUAUUGCAUUAUUACUUUUCCUACUUUCCAUUCAUCCGGUUGAGGGCUAUGCUUUGAAAAAAAAAUUUGCAUUUUUGUUUGGCUGUAAGUGGGCGCCCGGGAGAAGGGGGACACAGCUACGGCUUAAAAUUAACGACGUCAUUAAUUUUAAAGACAAGGAGGAGCUGAAAAGGGAAAUUGUCACUCAUGCGAGGAGAAUAUCCUUAGAUUUAAGUGACGAACAGAUAAAUAAUAUAGGAAAGAAUUUAUAUGAGUUUUUUUUCUAUCUGAAGUUGAAGGAUAUAACAAUAGUAGACAAAAAAAAUGGGCAACAAAUGUCAAAAAGGAGGGUACAUAUGAUAAACACGUGCAUGAAUGUACGCAUCUCCACGCACGUGUAG